AUGGACGCCGACGCCGAGGAAGCUCUGGUGGCUGCGGUUCCUCCUUCGGAACUUGUCGACCCAGCUUGCUCCACCGGCCUCCGGCCAAUACUUCCGUCCUCUUCUGCACCUCCGCUCAGCCUCCGAUAUCUUGCGUGUCCAUACAACCGCGCGCAGGCGGACUUUAGCCCGGUCCCUGAACGGCCAACUUGCUCGCCCUGCCCUCUCGUCGGCCCUGCAGCUUUUCCGGAGAACUCUGCCUACCCCGCUGCAGAUCCAUCAGGGUUCGUGAUCGACAUCGACCAGGCCUUGUGGGCGCCACCUAUACCUCCCGUGUGGCUGCAGCCUCCGUCGCCACAAAAGCAUUCCGAAUCACUCGACACACUAUCGGCCCGUCGCAUCCCGGACUCAUGCUCGACCGCACCUUUGAACUGCCCACGUUUCUGCAAUCGCUCUGAUCGGUCGCCGAAGCUGGCCCUCCUGAUCCGCCAGCUUUCCGUUUCAAUCAUACGUUUGGCCGCGACGACCGUCACCGAUCUCGACGGACCUUGCUAA